AUGGUGGGAUACCACUCGACGGACUUUGACGUGCAUAGGAACUGGCUUGCAAUAACACACAACUUGCCAAUCUCAAAGUGGUAUGUUGAGAAGACGUCGCAAUGGACGCUAGACUACCCUCCCUUUUUUGCAUUUUUUGAAUGGGGCUUGUCCCAGUUUGUGCCUUCUGUUGUUAAGCAGGAUGGAUGUUUGGAUAUAGUUGAAGUUGGCCAGUAUGGAUUACCCACGAUUUAUUUCCAAAGGCUCACGGUCAUCUUGAGUGAACUUGUGCUCUUUAUCGCGCUCCAAUGGAUCAUUGAUACCUCGUCGAGCUUGUCCAUGAAGAAACGGAUGUAUGUUGCAACUGCAAGUCUUGCCUUGUCGCCAGGGUUGUUGUUGAUUGACCACGUUCAUUUCCAAUACAAUGGAAUGAUGUAUGGAAUCUUGUUGCUUUGCUUAAACAGUGCCAGAUUGCAAAAGUAUCUCUGGUGCGGGUUCUGGUUUGCCGUGUUGCUUUGUUUCAAGCACAUCUACUUGUACUUGGCUCCAGCGGUAUUUGUUUUUUUGCUUCGAGCCUACUGUUUGAAUCUUCACUGGGGAGGGAAGAAGCAGAAGAAGAAGAAGCAGCAAAGUUUAAUUGUUAAUUUGGUGCACCUCAUACAGUGGAAGAACCUUAUGAAGCUUGCGGUUGUGGUUAUUUCCGUUUUUACUGUUGCGUUGGUCCCUUUUUACAAUACGUUGCCCGAGAUGCUAGAGAGACUUUUCCCAUUCAGUCGUGGAUUGACCCAUGCUUACUGGGCACCAAACAUGUGGGCACUAUAUUCAUUCUUUGACCGAGCUUUCAUCCAACUUUACAAACGUGUCCCUGUAUCUCGCUUGAUUUUGCAAGGAAUUUUCCAGUUUGACCCCGUGUUGUUGGGUAAUGAAGAUUUGUUGCGCACCUCCACCAGGGGAAUAGUCGGAGAUAUUGAAUUUUUCAUCUUGCCCAAGAUAACGCCGAGACUUACUUUUUUGUUGACAUUGUUUUACCAAGUCAUGGCGUUGAUUCCUCUUUUCUUGCAGCCAACUUAUAGAAGAUUUGUUGGCGCAAUCACGUUGUGUGGCUUUGCUUCUUUCCUAUUUGGAUGGCAUGUCCAUGAAAAGGCAAUCUUGUUGGUUAUUUUCCCCAUGACAUUGAUAGUGGCACGGGAUCAGAAAUUGUUGCCAGCUUACAACUUACUAGUUGCUUGCGGCUAUGGGUCCUUGUUCCCACUCAUUUUCACUUCAAAUGAGUGGUUGCUUAAAGUGCUGUACACUUUCCUAUGGUACAUUAUUUUUUACUUUAAUUUCAGAAAAGUUGUCAGAGUGCCCAAGUCUACAGACGGGAGCGGGCUAGUUGAUAGAAUGGUUAAUGGGUACAUCUUGCUAUUCAUUGCUAUUUUAACUGUCACAACCAUCAAUGACAUUUUUAAAAACAAGUACCCGAUUUUGAAGAAAUUCGAAUUCUUAAACUUGAUGAUUUACAGUGUAUACUGUGCUGUUGGCGUCGUUAGUAGUUGGAACGCAUUCUCGUGGUUCUACUUUGUUGAAGAAUCCAUCUGGAAUGAAAGUGCCUAA